AUGCUAGAGGAAGGAGCAAGCGUCCACGACUUCGGAGAUGCAGUCGUCCGCCCCAUCGCGGUCGCCACCGACUACGGCCUCAUCGAUAUUAUCAAGGCUCUCGUCGCAACGGGAGCAGAUACCGAGGCUCCCUGUUGGAGCGACAAGGAUGGAGCAUGGAAAGGGAAUCCCGAGUGGUCCUACCGCAACGGCUUCACGGCCUUGUACAUCGCGCCCGCCGUGGGCAAUGCGGGAGCCUUACUGGUGUUGCUCCAACUAGGAGCAAACCCGAACGCAACCGACAGCGAUGGCGGCACUCCGAUUAUGGUGACGUGUGGCACGGGUAGUGUGACAUCAACGAAGUUGACAAUGAUGCGUUCCCUGCUGAAGGCUGGUGCGGACCUGGCCGUCGAAAAUGAGCUCGGUGGCCUUGCCAUUCAUAUUGCAGCUGGCCGAUGUGACGCCCAGGUUGUUGCACUGCUUCUUUCCAUGGCACCAUCGACACUGAACAAUGCCACUCAUAAUGGUUUGACACCUCUUGCAGCAGCUGCGGAAAAGGGUAACGAGAGCACAAUGUCUCUCUUGUUUUCUGAGGGGGCAAGUGAUUCGUUGCCAUGGGCGACGACUGGAAUCACCGCUCUUCAUAAGGCCGUAAUUGUUGGCAUGGGAACCUCGGUGCGGUUCUUGCUCGAAAAUGGACUGGAUGCCGUCGGUGGAUUACCAGGUAUCGCUGAAGCGAUACGCAUUUCAGUGUGGUUUGGGUGCAUUGAUGGUUUGGAGAUGCUGCUGAACGUGCACGGGGAAAAGAAACAAGAGUUUUGGGCGAAGCAUUAUGUCUUCGGUGUGCAAGACGAUUCACUUCUGGGCAGCGUUCCAUUCUCUAUCACGGCGAUCCUGUGCGAGUGGUACCCAAUUCUUCAUUACGCAGCCAAGCAUUACUCUAUCCCUGCCCUUCAUGUUCUUCUCUCCGCUGGCGCAAUACCCGAAACAUGCGACUUUUAA